AUGAAUGUGUUUAUUACACAAACUAUUAUAACAGUCAUCCUAGUCAAUGUCUCGUCUCCUCGACUUCUUCAUUGGUCACCACCACCACCAUCAAAACCACCAAAACGAAGCAACUGCAGAAUGCCGAUCUCACGGUCCACCUUCACCAUCAUACUGGGCAUUCUUUUCGGUCUGUCAGCCACUCACUAUUUGACCACCCUCAAAUCUCUCACCGAUCCGGUAAUAUGCGGACCAGAACAACAAGUCUCCCGAUCCGAAGAGCUCGAUAUCAUCAGUCUGAGAGCCGACGCGGACGUCUUUACCAGAUCACAAAGCCUUCCAGGUCAUCGUCGGGGGUUGAUUCUGGUCGCAAUCAUGACUGCUGCAAAAUAUGUUGAUACCCGAGCUUACAAUGUUUGGAAGACGUGGGCUCAACAUAUUCCUGGCCGUGUUAUGAUCUUCGUUGCCGAGGGUACAGAAUCGAUUCACGAAGAUAUGCCACUUAUUCGAUUGAAAGGAGUUGAUGACACCUAUCCGCCACAGAAGAAAAGCUUCGCGAUGGUCAAAUGGUUGGCUGAGAAUAUGGCGGACGAAUACGAUUGGUUCUUACGAGCUGAUGACGACCUCUACAUCAGAGGAGAAGAACUUGCUGCAUUCUUGAGAUCUGUAGACUCUUCCCAAGCUCACAUCAUCGGACAAGCUGGACUUGGAAACAGCGCUGAGUAUGGCCUUCUUGCUCUUGGAUCAACAGACAACUAUUGUAUGGGAGGGCCUGGAAUUGUUAUGAGUAGAGAAACCUUGCUAAAGGUGUCUCCUCAUCUCGAAACGUGUCUUCAACACAUGCUAACAUCACAUGAAGACGUCGAACUCGGACGAUGUAUUCGAAAACAUGUCAAUGUAGCCUGCACGUGGAAUUACGAGAUGCAGAAGUUGUUCCAUAAUAAUCAAAGUGCCAUAAAGGAGUCGUAUGCUAAGAACAUGAAAGAACUGAAAGAUGCCAUCACACUUCACCCUAUAAAAGAUCCAGCUGUAAUGAGAAAAGUGCAUCUUCGGAAUCGAGAAAUCAAGCUUCGGGAAGCGCGUGCUCAGCGAAGUCUUCUCAGUUCGGAGUUAAGUACCGCAAAAGCACAAACACUGGUUCGAAUGACACCAAACCGAACGAUUGAUUUGACGCCAUGGGACUACAUCAACAACAAUAAAAUCUUGUUCUGUGCCGAUCGAGUCAACUGUCCUCGGCAUACUGUAGAUUUGAGCAUCAGAACGGAAAUCGCUGAUACAAUUACUCAGCUUUUCGACGAAUUCAACACAAACGCUCGCCAAAGAGGACGUGUUCUCCAGUUUCAGAGUCUUCAAUAUGGAUACAUGCGAGUCGAACCCACGAAAGGUGUUGACUAUGUUUUAGACAUGCUUCUUUGGUUCAAAAAAUUCCGUCCUCCAAAUCGAACCACCAUCUCCGUCCGUCGUCAUGCAUAUGUGCAGCAAACAUUUGGAAAACUGAGAAGUCUCGCCGAAGGCGUAUUCAGAUCGAAUAUGCGAGCUAAUUCCACUUUAAUCGAAGAUCCAACAUUGCACAUGAUCAUGCCAUUGCGUGGAAGAGCGGCAAUUUUCGGAAGAUUUGCUCAGCACCUGAAAAGUAUCUGUGCAAGGGGUGGAGACGAUUUGGCAGUUUCUCUGACAAUUGUAUUGUAUUCCAGCGAAGAUGAAAUGGAGAACAGAGAAACCAUCGAAAUGCUCAGAUCAAGUCAUAUUCCCGUAUCGGUCAUUGAGAUGGGAGACGUUGCUUUCUCUCGUGGAAUAGCUCUGAUGCGUGGUGCAGAGACUCUUCCAGCUAAUGCCCUUCUUUUCUUCACGGAUGUGGAUAUGCUCUUCACUUGUGACGCUUUGAAACGAAUCAAGUCGAACACUAUUCUGAAUGCACAAAUCUACUUCCCAAUCGUUUUCUCUGAAUUCUCCCACGAAAGUUGGUCAGAAAACGAUAAACUCUUAGCCGACGCAUUCCAUUACGGCCGAGGUCGUGGAUACUUUAGGCAUUUCGGUUAUGGUCUGGCUGCUAUGUAUAAAGCUGAUCUGAUGGACAUUGGAGGAUUCGAUACAAAAAUCGAAGGGUGGGGAAAGGAAGAUGUCGAUUUGUUCGAAAAAGCCAUCAAAAACGGUCGAUUACGUGUCAUCCGAUCACCUGAACCUGGACUCGUCCAUAUAUACCACCCAAUUCAUUGCGAUGAAAAUAUGCCAACAGCUCAAAAAGACAUGUGUCAUGGAUCAAAAGCAGCCAGUCUUGCUUCGAUCGACACACUCGUUGAGCAAAUCGCCCAAUACGCAUGA